AUGCAGCUUGACUGGGAUGAUGCGGAUGCACCAUGGGCACAUUAUAACAAGACAAAACUGGCUCUCAUGAUCGACUCACGACCGCUGACAACUCUUGCCCCUCUGGUCCUGCAAAUGAUGGUCAAUGUCCCGCACGACUGGCCCUUCUUGUUCCUUGGAUCAACACAAAGUAUUGCCGUGGUCAACAGCAGCCGAGCUAUUCAAGAGAAAGAGGCAUCAGGAAGGCUUCGAUUCCAGACAAUUAGAUCAGACUACCACUCUGUAGAGGGUAGCCACCGCUUGCUUGCAAACCCCAAGUUCUACGACGAGAUGCUCCCUAAGAGCGUGGAAUACCUUUUUGUCUUCAGUCGCGACUCAAUUAUCUGUGCAAAUGCACUGCGAAGUCUUGACGACUGGUUGGGUUAUGACUGGAUCAGUGGACCAAAAAACGAUAAAGACUCACAGGCUUAUCCAGGCAGUGGCGGAUUUUCACUCCGUCGCGUUUCUACCGUUCGCCGUAUCCUCGCCUUCCAACAGCGAGAUAACGAUACAAUCGCAGAAGAUCAAUUCUUGAGCUACCGUAUGACCACCAUCCCGGAUGCAGUUAUUCCAAAUGCAACGGAAGCAUCGCAGUUUGUCAUCGACCAUAUUUAUCAUAAGAAAUCCUUCGGCAUCCAUGUUGGAGACAUGGCAAAGAGCAUGGUGGAAGUUUGGGACAACCAUGAUACACGCAUGGCGAUUUACCGGCAUUGUCCAGAGUUGAAGAUGGCCAUGACACCGAUGAAGUUGACCAGAGAGAAAUGCGACGAGCCCAAAUCAGAGGAGAAGGAUGAAUAA